AUGUCGACUGGAAGAGAGUUGUCUGGCGGUUCCUUUAUAAAGAAACAGCACGCUACAACCUAUGAUUACAUCUCCCCACUUAAGUUAGACUUAUCCAAGAAACAUGUUCUAAUCACAGGCGCAGCAUGGGAGGAUGGUGUUGGCUUUGCUACAGCCAUGGCGUUUGCGCGCGCCGGAGCGUCUGCGAUAGCUGUAGCUGAUCUACACGGCGUAUCAGAAGAUCUCACAGCGAAGUUGAAGUCAGCCGCAACACAAGCUGGACGUCCAGAGCCCACAGUGCUGAACUACACGGUUGAUAUUGCAAAUCAGGAAAGCGUUAAAGCAAUGCAAGAAGAUAUCUCAAAGGCCUUUUCUGGACGUCUGGACGUUGUCGUCAAUAACGCGGCUCACAUGGAACCCUACGAGCGACUCCUUGACAUAGAUCCAGAUGUGUACUGGCGCACAUGGGAAGUCAAUGUCCGGGGACUGAUCAACAUGAUGCGCGAAUUCCUUCCAAAGCAGCUCUCUACCAAAGGUGGUUUAUGUACAGUGGUCAACGUUUCAUCCUCAGGCGCUUUGAGUGCCCGACCCACCAGCGCGAGUUAUCGGAGUUCAAAGCUUGCAAUUUUGAGAUGGACUGAAUCAAUGCAACUGGAGUAUGGGAGGGAAGGACUCUUGACAUAUUGUGUGAACCCGGGUGCGAUCAAGACCAAGAUCACUGAGCUCGCGCCCGAGGCUCUGCGGAAUUCACUGCCUCAUCGUCCGGAUAUAGCUGGGGAUACGAUUGUAUGGCUGGCUGCAGAGCGCCGCGAAUGGUUAGGUGGAAGAUAUGUAAGCUGUCCAUGGGAUAUGGAGGAGCUCAUGGAGAAGAGGGAUGAGAUUGUUGAGAAGGAUUUGCUCAAGGUCAGGAUGGCAUUUUGA